AUGCAUGUCAUGGCUGCUGAGUUUGAUUGCGACCAAAUGCAACCAAGUGCUCCAGUGUUUGGAUCUUGUGCCACACUAGAGAAAUUUGGAAAACAGCUUGGGGUUGUUCGAACGCAACACUUGCUUCUCCCCAAACUCGUUCUUUAUAUCUUUAUUAGAGUUUUUUUUUUUUUUAUUUAUUCUGCCUUUCGUUUAUUUGUUCUUUCUAUUCUUUCUUUCUUUUUUCUUUCUUCUUUUUCUGCAUUCUUUCUUUCUUUCUUUCACCCAUUUUUCUUUUCUAUUUUUUCUUGUAUCUUCUUUCAUAAUUUCUUUUUUUCUCUAAUUUCUUUCCUAUUUUUGCCGUUUCUUGUUUUAUCAUUCUUUCUUCUUUUUCUUCGUUUUUCACUUUCUUUGUUGUCUCUUUCUUUUUUCUUCUAUUGUUUUUUCGAAUUAUUAUUUUUCCUUUCUUUUUUUAAAUAUUCUGUUGUUCUUUUCCUUCCAUUACUCUCCCUUUCAUACUUUGUAUUUCUCUUUUCUUUCAACUGUUCAUUCUUUCUUUUUCCUUUUCUUGUCUUUUUCUUUCUUUCUUUCUUUCUUUUUUCUUUUCUUGUCUUUUUUCUUUUUCCUUUUUGUCUUUUUCUUUCUUUUUUUCUUUCUUUUCUUGUCUUUUUCUUUCUUUCUUUCUUUCUUUCUUUUCUUGUCUUUUUCUUUCUUUCUUUCUUUCUUUCUUUCUUUUCUUUUCUUUUCUUUCUUUUCUUUCUUUCUUUCUUUCUUUCUUUCUUUCUUUCUCCUAUGCUUGUUUCUUUUCGUUCUUUCUUUUUCUUUCUUUUUUUCUUUCUUUUCUUGUCUUUUUCUUUCUUCCUUUUUCCUUUUCUUGUCUUUUUUUUCUUUCUUUCUUUUCUUGUUUUUUCUUUCUUUCUUUUCUUGUCUUUUUCUUUCUUUCUUUCUUUUUUCUUUCUUUCUUUCUUUUUUCUUUCUUUCUUUCUUUUUCCUUUUCUUGUCUUUUUCUUUCUUUCUUUCUUUCUUUCUUUCUUUCUUUCUUUCUCCUAUGCUUGUUUCUUUUCGUUCUUUCUUUUUCUUUCUUUUUUUCUAUAUUUUCUUUCUUAUGUUCCUCAUGUGAUAUUUCUGUCUUUAUUCUUUUAUUUACUUAAGUUUUCUUUCUGUUAUCAUUUCUUUCUUUCUUUCUUUCUUUCUUUCUUUCUUUCUUUCUUUCUUCUAAAUACCUAUCACUCCAUUUCCCUCUUAUUUUUUCUUUUCAUCCUUUUCCCUUUCUUUCUUUCUUUCUUUCUUUCUUUCUUUCUUUCUUUCUUUCUUUUAAAUACAUAUCGCUCCAUUUCCGUCUUUUCUCUUCUUUUUUAUCCUUGCAUUGACCUUUCUUUCUUUCUCUUAAACAACUAUCGUUCUAUGUCUCUCUUUUCUCGUCCUUUUUAUCCUUUCUUGUCCUUUCUUUCUUUCUUCUAA